AGCGCCCAGCGGUCCCACUCGUCCGACAACUGAUGCUGACCGCUUCCUAACUUCAACGAAAUGUUUUUAAUACUACGUGUCGGACCUUAACCCCGAUCGGCAAAAUAAUGCAAUUUGUUUAACCACCGUUUUGGGUAAACUAGUAAAGAUAAAGACAAAGUAGCCCACUGCACUCCGGCUUACAUUAGUUAGGUGCAGGGAAACUGGGGCAGUAGCUUUUUAGUUUUACGAGGAUCACCGCAGCCUCGUAGAUGAUUGCCUAUCGGGAUAUGUGCACAUGAAUUGUCCAUGUCGCCAUCGACUUCUGCGCGAUUAUUUCCUUCGUUUUGUUUUAAUGUUCCCCCCUGACUGUCGGAGAGGACAUGGAAAGGGAUUUUACUUUCGGCUGUUUCGUCUAACGGUAGGACGCGCUCCGAUUUGUGCGUGAGGUCUGUGUACAAUAAUAUAUCAUUACGCUACAUAUUGUUGCUGCAGACCGUAGCUUAAUAAACUCGGGUUUUUUUGCAAGGAAGCGAGCUCCAUAGCAUCUGCAUCAACAUGGGAGACGAUAAAUCCACCACAAGAUCUCCUGGGACAGUCACCUUGUGGGGAACGUUAAGUAGUGACUGGGUGAUGGAAUAAUGAUGAAGCAUAAUCGGUGGGGAAAUAUGCUUCCUCUACCCAGCUUUUCUCUUCUUUUCUGUUGUAUAUACUUCUUCUUUCUCAGUUUUUUUUCCACCCAUGCCCAGUUCCUGACAGAACCAAGGGCAGGACAAGGUCUGCUGCUCUUUACCCAGCCUACCUAUAACGCUUCCAUCUUCGAGAACUCUGCGGCAAGAACCUAUUCAAGCAGUGAUGUCAAAAUGGGCAUCUUUCUCGGGCCACCUCGGUCUUUAGACAUCAAGUAUUCUAUUUCCUCUGGAGACAGUGAAGGAAUCUUCCAGGCUGAGGAGUUUGUAAUUGGAGAUUUUUGUUUUCUACGUAUACGUACUAACGGAGGCAGUGGUGCAACAUUGAACCGGGAGGUGCAGGACAAUUACACAGUUACAGUUAAGGCAUCUUCCCAUGGAGGCCUAGAGGCCUUAGCCACUGUUUAUAUCAAGGUCUUGGACACCAACGAUCUCCGACCUCUCUUCUCCCCUACCUCCUAUUCAUUCAUUGUCUCUGAAAGUGCCCCCCUGGGUGCCAGCAUAGGACGUGUAACAGCCACAGAUGCCGACGUGGGCUCCAACGGGGAGUUCUACUACUUCUUCAAGAACAGAGUAGAACUCUUUGCUGUUCAUCCCACCAGCGGAGUCCUCACCCUGACAGGUCGGCCCAGGAUGGACAAACAAGACAGAUUUGAGCUGGAGGUGCAGGUGGUCGACAGAGGAAUGAAACUCUACGGGAACAAUGGUAUCAGCAGCACUGCUCGGCUGGUCCUGACCAUAGAGCGGGUUAACCAAUUUGCCCCUGUUCUUAAAGCAGUUGCUGUUGUUCCAUCAUGGGCAGACAAGGACCCAGUCUAUGCCAUAAUGACUGUGAAGGACAAAGACGAAGGGGUAUCUGGGGAUAUAGAGUGGGUGUCCAUUAUUGAGGGUGACCCUCUUGAACAAUUUGUGAUUGAUCGAUCGCCUGUCGGGAAUGAGUAUCGGGUUAAAACAUCAGAAUUAUUUGACUGGGAUACAUUCCCCUAUGGCUGCAACUUGACCUUCCAAGCUAAAGACAGGGGCAUACCGCCAAAGUUUUCGAAUACUCAACUUGUUCAGUUGUUGGUUUCAAAGCCAGAGCCAGUGUUGGCGACUUUCGAGAGGGAUGUUUAUGUAGUCCAGUUGAGUGAAAUUGCUCCUCCAGGCACUAUUGUAGAGGUGGUGAAAAUCUCCCCAGCUCCUCUGGGUGUCAAUUACAGCUUCAGUAGCCCCUCAGAUCAAAUGUACUUUGAUAUAAACCCUUUGACUGGAGUUAUUAUGACCAAGAGGCAGCUGACAGGGAUAUCACAGGAUUUCAUGGAGAUGGAGGUGGUUGAUAUCAUCGGUCAGCAGCAAGCGAGGGUCCAAAUCACAUUAGUUGAUGCAAAUGACAACUCUCCAGCCUUCAACAAGCCGUUCUAUGAUAUUGCGAUCAACGAGAGCCUACCUAUAGGCACCGUUGCCCUUGUAGUGUCAGCCGUGGAUGCUGAUAAAGGAGAAAAUGGUUAUGUAACCCACACGAUAAGGGGCGAACAGGAUCUUCCGUUCACAAUAGACCAGGACACGGGAGAGGUGAGGAUCACAACAGACCUAGACUUUGAGUCAUCCGUUGAUAUCUAUACUUUUGCAGUGCGGGCCUCUGAUUGGGGUUCACCCUACAGAAGGGAGAGUGAAGUUAAUGUCACUAUUCGUCUGACAAAUAUAAAUGACAAUCAGCCUCUCUUUGAGAGAGUCUCCUGCAAAGGGAUGAUAAGCCGAGAUUUUCCUGUCAGCCAGACUAUUGUCACUUUGUCAGCUGUGGACAUGGACGAGCUAGGUGUGGUGACCUACAAGAUACUGUCUGGGAACGAGUUAGACUAUUUUAACUUAAAUGCAGAAUCUGGGGCUUUGUCUCUAAAAAGAUCGUUUGGAUUGGCUAGUUUAAAAAGUGGGACAUUCAACCUGAAAAUAAUGGCAACAGAUGGGGAGAUAAGCUCUGAUCCUACAUUUGUAAAUGUAUCUGUGGUGAGGGGAAGGAUGCCACCCAUGGGGUUCAACUGCAAGGAGACCAGGGUAGCCCAGCUGUUGGCAGAAAAAAUGGUAUCAAAAGUGUCUGCUAUGGCGCGACCAAGAAGAGAUGAGAUUUAUACAGACCUUUACUCUAUAAACCAACGCACGCCGCAGUUUGAGGCCUUACCUACCAGUAUUCUGGUGAAAGAAGACCUUGCGGUUGGGGCCAGUGUAUUUCAGGUGAGAGCACGAGAUGGCGACAUAGGCUUCAAUGGCCGCGUUCUCUUUUCAAUAUCUGAAGGUAACAAAGAGAACUGUUUUAACAUCAGCAUGCAGAAAGGGUUGAUAACUUUGUUGAAUCCACUUGAUCGCGAACGAGUGGAUCGUUACUUCCUUAACAUCACCAUCUACGAUCAGGGUGUUCCUCAGAUGUGCAAUUGGAGACUACUCACUGUGAUCAUUGAUGACGUAAAUGACAACGACCCACAGUUUCAUAAGAACAGCUUCUCGGCUCUUGUGGCAGAAAACUCUGCGAUUGGAGUUGAAGUUAUUACCAUGACUGCAAUCGACAGAGACAAGGGGCAAAAUGGGCAGCUUUCCUACGUGAUGCUGACCAAGGUCCCUCAGUUUGGUAUUGAUAGCGAAACUGGAAGUGUAUUUGUUUCCAGCCACUUAGACAGAGAAACCACCCCAAUGUUUACAUUGAAGAUUGAAGUGAGAGACAAGGCUGAAAGGGGCAGUCGAAGGUCAUCAGUGACUACUCUCAGUAUAAUAGUGGAGGAUGUCAAUGACUGCGGCCCAGCUUUCAUCCCUAGCAGCUAUAGUGCUCGAGUGCUAGAGGACCUUCCUCCAGGGGCUGUGAUUACCUGGGUGCAGGCUCAGGACCUAGAUUUAGGGCCUAGUGGACAGGUCCGAUACUCCUUGGGAAAUGACUUCAAUGGCACUUUUGAGAUCAAUGCUGUGAGCGGAGUUUUGAGGAUUAGGAAGGAGUUGGACUUUGAGAAACAACAGCUUUUUAACUUGACAGUAGCUGCUGAGGACAGAGGAGUACCCAGCCUCAAGAGUCAGACAUUUGUGGAGGUGGAGGUGGUGGAUGUCAAUGAAAAUUUGUAUGCACCCUACUUUCCGGACUUUGCCCUGAGAGGCUCAGUGAAGGAGAACUCCCGUGCAGGUACAAGUGUCCUAACAGUCAACGCUAAGGACGACGAUAAGGGCCGAGAUGGGGUGUUGAGGUACUCUAUCAGAGGUGGCAGCGGACUAGGCACUUUCACCAUCGAUGAAGACACAGGGGUGAUUUACACUGCUGGUAUCUUGGACUGUGAGACAAAAGGCUCCUACUGGCUUACAGUCUCUGCCACAGACAGAGGGGUUACGCCCCUUUCAGCAUCCAUUGAAGUCUUCCUCCAGGUAGAAGAUGUCAAUGAUAAUGCUCCUCUCACCUCGGAUCCCAUCUACCAUCCAGUAAUUAUGGAGAACUCUCCAAAGGAUGUGUCAGUCAUCCGUAUCCAAGCGCAGGACCCUGACCUCACGGCCACCCCCAGUCGUCUGAGUUACCGCAUCACAGCUGGCAACCCGCAGAAUUUCUUCUCCAUUAACCCCAAAACAGGGCUGAUCACGACAACUGCGAGGAAACUGGACAGAGAACAACAGGCAGAGCACUUCUUGGAGGUCACGGUCAUAGACGGCCCGGUCACCACCCGCCAGUCGACCGUGUGGGUCAUAGUUCACAUCGAGGACGAAAACGACAACCCGCCGACCUUCCCGGAGGUCACGUACCGCAUCAGCUUGACUGAACGAGACCGCAACAAGCGCGGCGAACAGGUGUACCGUGUCUUCGCUUAUGACCGUGACCUCGGAGACAAUGGCAACAUCACCUACAGCAUUGUGGAUGGUAACGCGGAUGAGAAGUUCGGUAUUGACCCCCGGACGGCCAUGGUGUCAUCCAAGAAGAUGGUGACAGCGGGAAGCUAUGAUAUCCUCACUAUAAAAGCGGAGGACAGCGGGGAUCCCCCAUUAUGGUCCACGGUCAAACUCCAUGUGGAGUGGAUUCGCAAACCUGUCCCCUCGCCUGUACCUCUAGUAUUCACCCAGAAGUUCUACAAUUUCUCCAUUUUGGAGACAGCUGCGGUGGCUCAGCCGGUGGGAGUAGUCGCUGUCAGCCAGUCGAGCGCCCUUGUCUGGUUCAAUAUCAUCGGCGGACGGCUCGCCAGAGAAACAUUCUACAUUCCUCAGAAUGCAUGUGGAAGAAACUGCUCACUUGACACAGGGAGUUUUGAUAUGCAGUUUGACCUUCAGGUGGGGGUGGGAACGCUAGUUGUGGCCAAGCCCCUAGAUGCAGAGGUGCAAUCUGUGUACAACAUGACCGUACAGGUGACCGAUGGGACCAACUUUGCCACAACACAGGUGUUCAUCCGAAUACUGGACUGCAACGACAACCCUCCUGUGUUCUCACAGCCGGCCUAUGAUGUCAGUGUGUCAGAGGAUGCGCCGCUUGACAUGGAACUACUGCGGGUUAGAGCGACGGACGUGGACGAGCGGGCCCGCUUGACCUUCUCCAUCUAUGGCAGUGUGGACCCAGUCAGUAUGAGACUGUUCAGGGUCAAUCCUGGUACGGGCGUCGUCUACACCUCGGAUAGCUUGGACUACGAGGCCAGAACUCAGCACAUCCUCACUAUUAUGGUCAAGGAUCAAGAGUUUCCAUUUAACCGGGACCUGGCUCGUAUCCUGGUGGCGGUGGAGGACUCCAAUGAUAACAUCCCCUACUUCCCCAGCACCGUAUAUGAUGCCGUGGCCUAUGAGUCCUCUCCCAUAGGCACCUCUGUUCUAAAAGUGACCGCCUUAGACAAAGACAACGGGAUUAACGGGCAACUCACUUAUUCUAUGGAAGCAGGUAACACCGGGGGUGUGUUUGGAAUUGAUAACGCCACAGGACUUAUCUUCAUUGCCAAGGAUCUGGACAUCAUCUCCGUGGGCUUCUACACCCUAACUGUGCGUGUCACGGACAGCGGAUUUCCUCCAUUAAUGGCCACCGCUUCGGCCCGCAUCUCCUUGAUACUCUCCGACUUCUCCCAACCCAAAUUUUCUCUAAAUGAGUAUCAGGCUGAGAUAAUGGAGAACAGCACUGUUGGAACACAUGUGACCACUGUAAGCGCCCUCAGCCGUUCGGCACUCAUAUAUGAUAUCAGCAGGGGCAACGACGACAACAGCUUCGCCAUCAACCAUCACACUGGUGUAAUCAGCACACGUAAACUUCUUGACUUUGAGCAAACAACAUCUUACUUUCUAGUUGUGCAUGCCCUGAGCAUGGCUGGAGUGGAGGCCAGCACCACUGUCAUUGUCCAGGUGGGCGACGUCAAUGAUAGCCCGCCAGUCUUCCAAAAAAUCAGGUAUGUGGGCGCAAUCAGUGAGGCUGCUCCAGUCAACAGCGUGGUUGUGGGCGAAGACGGUAACCCUCUGGUCAUCCAGGCGACCGACAGAGACCGCAAUCAUAACGCCCUGUUAGUGUUCCAGAUCUUAGACGAGACCGCUCGUAUCUUUUUUACCGUGGACUCUGGGACUGGAUCAAUUCGAACAAUCGCCAGUCUGGACUAUGAGACCUUCUCAGAGUUCUUCUUCCGGGUUCAUGUCAGAGACAGUGGACAGCCUCCGCAGAGUGCGGACAACCCAGCAGAGGUUGUCAUAAAGGUGAUCAACAUCAAUGACUCACCUCCGAAGAUGCUACAGGAUACUUACGAGGCUGUGCUCCUCCUGCCGACCUACGAGGGUGUCGAGGUCCUUACGCUUGAGGCUUUUGACCCCGAUAUGAUCUCUGACCUCCCCCUGAACCCUGACAAGUCAGUGACUUCUCAGCUGGCAUACUCUCUGUUGGACAGCAACGUGGACUACUUCUCUGUUGAGCGCUACACCGGAGUUGUGACGGUCAUCAAUCAAAACCUCAGCAAGGAUCGCUAUCGCUUUAAUGUAAAGGUAUGGGACGGACGUUUCUCCAGCGUGGCAGCCGUCACGGUGCUUGUCCGAGAAGCCGUAGACAACGGCCUCCUCUUCACCUUCCCGGUCUACUCUGCCUCCAUCCCUGAGAACAUACCCAAUGUUACUUUAGUGACCGUUGUCAACACAGUCGGCCACCGCCUCAACGAACCACUGAAGUACACGCUGCUGAACCCCAGUGGGCGCUUCACCAUCCGGCCGACCUGUGGGGCGGUGCUCACCACCGGGGUGCCUUUCGACCGGGAGGAUAAGGAGAGUUACGAGCUAGUGGUGGAGGUCAGCCGAGAGGAUGAGAUACUGAAGGUGGCGAGAGUGACUGUGCGAGUUCAGGUGGAGGAUGUGAACGACAAUGCUCCAGAGUUUGUGAACCUCCCGUACUACGCCGCAGUGCAAGUGGAAGCAGAGCCUGGGUCAGCUGUUUUUAGGGUAUCAGCUAUAGACCAAGACUACGGUCUGAAUGGGGAAGUGACAUACAGCAUCAAGGACGAGCAUAGAAACUUUCGGAUGAACCAAAUGUCAGGAGAGCUCACCUUAAAGAGGGCCUUUGAGGCGGACUUAUCCAACGCAGAGUACAAGGUGGUCCUCGUGGCCACCGAUCGUGGCUCCCCGCCUCUGUCCAGCGAGGUCGAGCUGCCCGUUACCGUAGUGAACAAAGCCAUGCCCGUGUUCGACAAGCCGUUCUACGGCGUCACUGUCAGGGAGGACGUGGCCGUCUCCACCUCCGUCCUGCGUAUCAACGCCACCAGUCCUGAGGGCCAGAGCGUCAUCUUCACCAUCACGGACGGAGACCCUUCCCUCCAAUUUGACAUUGGCUUCGACACAGGAGUCAUCAGCGUGAUUUACCUGUUGGACUACGAGACCACACAGUACUACCGGUUAACGGUGAAGGCCACGGACACCCUGUCUGGAGCCAGGUCGGAGGUCGAUGUGGACGUCGUCGUGCUGGAUGUGAAUGAUAACCCGCCGCUCUUUCAGAACACCUCAUACUCCGCUGUGCUCGCCGAGAACUCCAUGAUCGGAACGUCCGUGUUACAGGUGUUUGCCCAGGACCAAGAUUCAGAGAAGAAUGCCCUGGUGAGCUACCAGAUCCUACAUGACAUCUACAACAGCACCAACUACUUCCACAUUGACGGCAAGAGCGGAUUGGUAUACACGGCCCGCCUGCUGGACUAUGAGCUCACCCAACGCUACAACUUCAUCGUCAGAGCCACGGACAGCGGAGAGCCCGCCCUCAGCAGUGAUGUCAGUGUCACCGUGACGGUUUCUGACACAAACGACAACCCUCCUAAUUUCAGCCGAGCGCUGUACGAGGCCUUUGUCAGCGAGCUGGCUCCCCUCGGGCACUUUGUGACUUGUGUUCAGGCGUCGGAUGCUGACAUCUGCGAUGCGCACAGGCUGAGAUACACUAUUCUCUCUGGGAAUGAGAAAAUGACUUUUAUGAUGGAGCCAGAUACAGGGGUGCUCAAGCUGUCUAACAAGAGGAGACAAGGCAUGAAAAUCUUGUAUCAACUCAAUGUGUCUGUGUCAGAUGGAGUCUUCACCAACACUGCUCAGGUGACUGUACGUGUCCUGGGAGCCAACCUUUACAGCCCAGUGUUCAGCCAGAGGUUCUACCUGGCUGAAGUCCAGGAAAACGCCCCUCAAGGGUCAAAGGUCAUUCAAGUUCGUGCAACAGAUGAGGACUCCGGGCUGUUCGGGCAGAUCACCUACUCCUUCAUCAAUGACUUGGGGAAAACUAAGUUCACCAUUGAUGCAGAUGGACUCAUUUCCACCGCUCAGAAAUUAGACAGAGAAAAUCCUCUUAACAGGGACAUGGUGCUGACCAUUAUGGCCCUGGAUGGUGGAGGCCGUGCAUCAUUUUGCACAGUUCGAGUGGUUCUGGCUGAUGAGAAUGACAAUGCCCCCCGGUUCAGAGCUGUUGAGUACCGCAUGAGCAUUAAAGCAAACGUUGCCAAAGGCUCCCUGGUCACACAGAUCCAAGCCACUGACAAUGAUGCUGGGUCGAAUGGGAGGAUCACCUACUCCCUUUACAGCGAGGCUCGCCUUUCCCUGGUUGAUGUCCUGGAGGUGGAGCCAGACAGCGGUUGGAUGAUGACUAAAAGCACCAUGGACCACCUCCAGGGGACCGUGCUGUCCUUCUUUGUCAAGGCCACGGACUGCGGUUCUCCAGCCAAACACUCGCUGGUGUCCGCCUUCAUCCAUGUCGUCCCACCAGAUGCUCUUGUUCCCUCUUUCAGUCAGCCUCAGUACUCCUUCACCAUUCCCGAGGACACGGCAGUGGGAACCGCCCUGGGGUCUGUGUACAUGGCCCCUGGACAGACGGGGUUCUUCACUGUAGUCAGAGGAGAGACGCUGGACAGCAAUCAGGGAGGCGCCUUCCUGGUGGAACGGGAGAGCGGCCUCAUCCGUCUGAUCAAGCCGCUGGACUAUGAACUCAUCAGCAUCUUCCGCUUCAAGGUUGCGGCAACAACAAGACGAGACCUGAUCGAGUCCCUCUCCACUGUAGACCUGGAGGUUAAGGUCCUAGAUGUGAAUGACAACAAGCCAACAUUUGAGACCAACACGUACGUUGCCACGGUGAUGGAGGGGAUGCCGGUAGGGACAAGAGUGAUCCAAGUGCGCGCGCUUGAUCCAGACUGGGGCUCAAAUGGACAGGUAACAUACGGCCUCGGCUCUCUUCUCACCUAUAACUCGGACUUGACAGAAGACGCUCGCGCCCUCAGUGGCCCCGUCACUACGGGCUCCGUCUUCGCCAUUGACAGCAAAACGGGCUGGAUCACCACAUUGGGUGAGAUGGACCACGAGGCCUGCUCCAGCUACAGCUUCAAAGUAGUGGCCUCUGAUCUGGGGGAGCUGCAGUCGCUGUCCUCCACCACGGUGGUCACCAUCACUGUGUCAGACGUCAACGACAACCCCCCGCGGUUUGAGAGCGAGCUGUACCGCGGUGCGGUGAAGGAGAGCGAUGCUCUCGGGGAAGUGGUAGCUGUUCUGAAAACCAACGAUGGAGAUGGAACGGAUCAAAACCGCCUGGUCAACGUUUACAUAACUGGGGGAAACCCGCGGGGCGUUUUUGGCCUGGCUCUCGUGCAGGCUGAGUGGAAGGUUUACGUGAGUGGUCUGCUGGAUCGUGAGCAGCAGGACUGGUAUCUGCUCAACAUCACGGCCAGCGACGGCCUAUACGUCGCUCGCACUGCUGUGGAAGUUACCGUCAUCGAUGACAACGACAACAGUCCCGUCUGCAACCAGGCGGUGUACAGCGCCUCUUUUCCUGAGGACAUUCCAACCAACAGGGGCAUUUUGACGGUGGGUGCCACGGAUGCCGACUCAGGCUCUAGCGCUGAGAUCCAAUACUCGCUGUUUGGCAUCGGGGUGGAGGAUUUCUACAUGGAUGCAAACACCGGUGAGCUGCGUACGGCCACCGUCAUGGACCGAGAAAAAACACCCACCUACAAGCUCAUCGCCCAGGCGACAGACGGAGGUGGGCUGUUCUGCCGCUCUGACAUUUCUCUCAAAGUGUUGGAUGUAAAUGACAACGCCCCGUCUUUCACCUCUGCCCAUUACCUGGCUAGUGUGUAUGAGGAUGCUGCUCCCAAGGCUCUGCUCACCCGCUUGCAAGCCAGUGACCCCGAUAAAGGUCUUAAUCGUACAGUAGUCUAUUCUCUGGUGGAUUCAAUCAACGGAUUAUUUUCCAUCGACCCGGUUUCUGGGAUGGUAAUUCUGGAGAAAUCUCUGGACAGAGAGAGCCAAGACUCUUACCGCGUCAGUGUCCAGGCCACGGACCAAGUUGGGCAGCAGGGGGCGCUGUCCACACAGGUGGAUUUGACCAUUUUGGUGCUGGAUGUGAACGACAAUGCCCCAGUCUUCCAGAGGAGGGACUAUGCCAUUACCGUCCCCGAGGAUGUGGCCGUGGGAACCGAGGUGCUCCGAGUAUUGGCGACAAGUGCCGACAUUGGACCCAAUGCUGAGAUUACCUACAAUAUCCGGUCGGGCAACGAGUUAAGAAAGUUCACCAUAGACAGGAACCUGGGCUCUAUAUCUGUGGUUGAUGAUUUGGACUUUGAGGUGUGUAAGGACUACUACCUCACCGUCGAGGCCACGGACAGCGGGAACCCUCCUCUCCGCACAGCUACCAUGGUAACCAUUGAACUAAUGGACGUCAACGACAACGCUCCCGCCUUCAGUCAGAACAUCUACAAUGUUCUGGUCAGCGAGGAUGCGUCCGUUGGGCAAACUAUUACAAGGGUAUUGGCAGAAGAUCUGGACAGCCAGGUGAAUGGGCGGAUCACCUACUCUAUCUUGAAAGGUGACCGUAGCAACCACUUCUGGAUUGACCCCGUCACAGGACUGCUCAAAGUCAACAAGCGGCUCGACAGAGAACUGGUGUCCAGGUACUCUCUGUCAGUGCAGGCCUUUGACAGCGGCUCUCCUGCCAUGUCCUCCACUGUCACCCUUAACAUCGACAUAUCGGACGUUAACGACAACCCUCCUCUCUUCUCUCCGCCCAACUCUACCGCAGUCAUAAAGCUCAACCAAGCUGCUGGCACCAGCCUGCUGAAGCUGUCAAUCAGUGAUAAAGACUCCACUAGAAAUGGCCCUCCCUUUGAGUUUCGCAUUGUUUCAGGAAAUGAGAAAAAUUUCUUCUCAAUGGACCAGACCGGAAAUCUGAUGACCAAACGUGUGUUUGGCCCUGAAGCCCCCAGAGAGUUCACUCUUGAGAUUCAGGCGAGUGACUCUGGGAAGCCACGUCUUGCCUCUUCCUCCUGGAUAUUUAUUAGAGUCAUCGGGGACAGUCAGUAUAAACCCACCGUCUCCCCCUUGGAAAUCUUCAUCGCCAUGGUAACGGAUACCUUCCAGGGUGGCCUGAUUGGUCAGAUCUAUGCAACCGACCGCGACCCCAACGACGUGCUGUCCUUUACCCAGAAGCCGCAGCCCAAGAGCAUGUUUGAAAUAAACAGACAGGAUGGCAGCGUUAUGGCUCUGCCGGGCCUGGAACCUGGCAGAUACCAAAUGAAUGCCACAGUGAGUGACGGGCGUUUCGCUGUGAUAGCGGAUGUGUCAGUCCAGGUCGAGCAGGUGACAGACAUGCUGCUGCGAAGCGCCCUGACCUUGCGUUUCAACACCCUGUCCCCGGAAGACCUGCUCGGCCGCUACUUGAACCAGAUCAAACUAACCUUGCGAGGAAUAGCCGGCUGGAAUUGGUCACCAGGCCAACAGGAUCCCCUCCACAUCCUCAGUGUACAGCCGGUGAUGGGCACGUCUGGCGUGGAUUUGCUGCUGGCCAUGGAGGUGCCAGAGACAUCAGGCAGCUCGGGAAGGAUGCUGGGGAUUUACUCCCAGCAAGAGUUGUCCGCAAAGCUGAAAGAAGCUGCAGCGAGGGGCCAGAUUCGAGGCGUCCUUGGCGGGGCAGUGGUGGUGGACAGCGCCUGUUCUGGGGAGCUUGAGUGUGGCGACAGGCUGUGCGAGCAGAGGCUGGUGAGGGAGGGGGACUCGCUUCUCACUUACAGAACAGAGAGGGUCAGCUUGGUGUCGCCAAGGUUCAGACCUACGGAGACCUGCACCUGCCCGGGAGGGACAUGCCCUGCUCCUGUGGAGCUUUGUGAAGGUCAGUCCUGUCCAGCAGACAUGCAGUGUGUCCGUUCCGGUCCUACAGCGCCAUCUGUCUGCCAGUGUCAGACUAACAGACGAGACGAGUGUGCAGGCCAAACCUCUCUAAGUUUCUCUGGAAACAGUUACAUCAAGUACAGAGUGACAGAAAGUGGCCGGGUAGGAGAGAUGAAGCUCGGCCUGAGGAUCAGAACCCUUCAGAAAAGAGGAGUCAUUAUGUUCACACGUGUUAACCCCUGCACCAUGCUAAAGAUUGAAGAGGGAAGACUCUGGUUCCAGUUGGACUGUGACAACACCCUCGGCAUUAUGGGUAUCUCUGGCAGACCAAUAAAUGACGGCCUCUGGCAUGCAGUUGUCUUGGAGCUGACGAGGAACUACACCCUUCUGUCAUUAGAUGACAGUUACGUGGAGCGGCGGCGAGCAGCCCAAGCACCUGUCCGCCUUUGGCCUCUGGCCCUGGAUUCAUCCUUUUUCUUCGGGGCCCAGGUGAGGCCACCGAGCGGGCAGGAGGAGAGGCCGAGCCCGGGGCCGUGGAGGGGCCGGGGGGCACAGGAACUCGGGGAACGCGGAGCAAGGGCCCCGCCCAGAGCCCAGGAUGGCUUCCAGGGAUGCCUGGGCUCGCUGAUGCUCAACGGGAACGAGCUCCCGCUCCAGAACAAGAGGAGCCGUUACGCAGAGAUCGCGGGGCUGAGCGAGGUCAAGCUGGGCUGCGUGCUUUAUCCAGAUCCCUGUGUCAGUCAGCCCUGCCUCAACGGAGCCAUCUGCAGCAGCCUGCCCUCCGGAGGCGUCAUGUGCAGUUGCAGCGGUGGAUUCAGUGGAGGGCGCUGUGAAAUCGAAUUAACGUCCUGCAUGCCAAACCCAUGCCUGAAUGGAGCAGACUGUCAGCCUGUUGGCAGUGCAUUCCUCUGCGGAUGUUCUGGAGGACUCAGGGGACUUAUAUGUGAGAAGGAUGUCAACGAGUGCGACCAGGACGUCUGUGGAAGCGCAGGAGAGUGUGUCAACACGUUUGGCUCGUUCUACUGUAACUGUUCGGAGGGCAACAAGGGUCAGUUUUGUGACGAUCAGGCACCCGAGGAUCCGGGGGACGACACGCAGGCGGAGCCCCUGACCUACCUUGGCCCAGGAGAGAUAAUUGGCAUCGGAGUCCUUGCCUUCGUCAUCAUUCUUCUCCUCAUACUCUUCAUGGCAUUCAGGAAAAAAAUUAAAUUCAGGAAAGACUCAGACCCGGGCCCGGGGACUCAGGCCGGGAUGGGGGUCUCAACUAUUUCCACAGAAACCAGCUACAUGCUACACAAGACCGGCACGGGGUCAGAGGGGAUUGAGUUUAAGGCUGUGCGUGUGUCGGGAGCUCAAAGUGCCACGAGCACCUACGGCGAGGUGGGAGUCAACACCAUGGGCCCCCCCCAGGUCAUAGUGCGGCCGACUACCCUCUCCCCCCUGCCGGGGGGACUCAGCAGCUACAGCCUGAGGAGUGGAGAUGGUGACAAGAACACGUUCAGUGAGGGCAGUCAGAUGAGCAGCUUCCUCUCGGACAUCUCCUCCGUCCGAGGCGCGGCCAACAGGAGGGGCAUCGCUGUGUGCAGCGUGGCACCCAAUCUCCCUUCUGCGUCAGCCCGCCGCCCGGAGCACAGUCCGGCCCACAAGGUGUCCUGGGAGGGAGAGGAGACAAGGGAGCAAGGGCUGGAGAGAGUGAGGGAUGAAAGAGAGGAGGAAUGGGGGCAGAGAGCUUUUGAGGUGGAGAGAACACAGAGGGAUAACUGUCCACAGGAAGUUUCCGAGCUGGUGGAAGAGGUGGCGUGUCUCUCCAACUCCACCUCUGAGGAUCGCUCCCUCAACUCCUUCACUUCGGAGUCCUUUGAUGACAACGCCUCCAUUGUGACAGUCAUACGUCAAGUCAACGAUGCAGUUGAUAAUAUUGAAAAUGAAGUGUCAAGCAUGAGCAACGAGCAGGGGAGGAACAGUCCUGCAUACCACUGGGAGCCUUCCAGCCAGACCUCGAGCUGGUUGUCACCGUCGCGCCUGCGUCCACCGGAGUUGGGAUCCCAUUACGACCUCAGCGAGACCCUUCAAAGCAUCAGGCGAGGUGGCAGCACGCGGUCCCUCCAGCUGGACUACAAAGCGAUGGGCUGCGGCGGCGACAGGGGCCGAGGGCCGGGACGAGACAGCGCAAGGAGGGCCUCGCAGUGGGAGAGGAAUCAGUCGGGCGAGUGGGAGAGGAAACGCAUCCUGGAGAGAGCAGAAAUGAGACGGAGCAGCGGGGAAGAGGAGGAGGAGGAGACGGCGGGGGCCUCGCGGGACCACCGAGACCGGCGGCAGGUGCACGGCCACGACAGCUGUGAACAAAGUUCCUCGCCGGUUUACGAGGAAUACCGAGUGUCCAGCCGUGACCCGGAGCCGGGGGAGGACGCGGAGAGCGUUUACGACACUCUACCCCCGACCCGACAGGCCUACGAAGGGUACCCGCUCAGCCCCUCGGGCGUCGACUUGCACCCGGCUCAACUCCUGCCACCCCUGAGGGCGUGGGACUCACAGACAGGGGAGUGGAGGGGGUCGCAGGGGGAGCGCGGCGGGCUCGGCUCGGGCAGUCUGGGGGACUCCGGGGACGAGCUGGAGAGGCUGCUGAACCUGGUGUCCCUCAGAGCCCGGAGAGCCACGCGGGAGAACAGAACCUCCACCCAAUCUGAACCCACAACAGACUGGGGGGGGGUUUAAAUGAACACACACAAGUCUGUUAAAAACAAUUCAUUUUUAAAAUGAAAGAAGCAAUGCUCCUUUUCUCUAGACAGCUCCACUUGUGCUGAAAAGGUUGAGUGGAGAUUGGCCGGGAUUCAAUGCCAUUACAUUUUAUAUUCAUGGAACUACUGGAGCGCAGCAUUUAUCGUCAUCAAAAAACAUCUAAGAAACAAAAUAAGAAACCUGUCCAUCUCUGUCAUAAGAUGAUACCAACCUACUCACACAUGUUAUCGUGUUUCUCAUAUUCUUUUUACUCUUUCAUAAAUCACACAAACAAUAAUUUUGUUUGCUCAGCCGCGUAAUAGUUAAUGCAUUCAUUAUUCCACUGGUACAUGCUGGGGGAUGUUUUGAAGAAAAUUAUUCAACCAGAUCCCGGACACGGCCUCAGAGAUGUUAUUAAGAUUACCCGACACCAGGAGGUUUGCAUUUAAUCAUUUCACUAUUACAUAUUUAUUUAAUUACACCGUUCGAUUGCUUGGGAGCACAUUUGUGAACACAAAAUGCAGACUCAUAUUGAAUAUUAUGUAAAUAUUAUGUGGUAUUUAUGUCAUACGACAUUUUCUGUUUUAAUUGAAAGGUGGUGGGUGGAAAUAUACAGACUCCCUUAUGUGUAUCUGUACGUACUUUGUAUAUAUUACCAAAACGGAACUUUUAGUAGAUUAUACAAUUAAUCCUACUUUAAUGCUGGUAUUAACAUAUGAAAUGAAUUAUGCUAAAAGCCUUGGAGAAUUUUGUGGAUAUGCAUCCGUGAAGUACAGAAUCACUCACCCGAGACAUGUACACAUGGUUGCCUCACUGAUGAAUGCUGCUGUGUUUCAUGCACUUAAACCCACACACACACACACACACACACAAUAUAAAAUCCAUGUUUGAAAUGCCGGCAAAACAAACUGGUGGUAAUUAAGUGUAUUUAAAGGAUAAAAUAUUCAUAACAGGACAGUUUGGGAACGAGUCACGCUAGAUGUCUGCGGUCGGAAACAGCUGCACCAAUCUUUGCCUUUGUCUUGACCAUCACAUGACCGACUGACUGUUCUUAACAUGGUCAUGAUCAGGCUUAGUGUGCCAUAAAGUAUUUAUGCCUCUCAGUAUGGUGUCCAUCCAUCUAUUCAUCCUCUUCUGUUCCUUUUCGGUUCAAUUUUGUAAGUGGGUCGCUGAAGCGUGUCUUUGCAUGCAACAGGUUAAAAAAAAAACCUCCUGGACAGGUCAGGCAGAAUUCAAGAAAAACAUUCACAUCUGUGGACACUUCACAGUUUCCGGUUCACCUGGCCGACAUGUCUGGAAGAAAACUGGAGCACCGGAGGAAAACCCAACGGAAUACUUUGAGCACACGCAGACUCUACACAGCACGAGCGAAAGCUAGAACCUCGAUGCUGCGAAUCGACACUGCCAACUAUCGAUCAACCUUUUGUGUCCCGUUUAACCACUCUAUUGAUAUUCCGUUACAGUUGACUCAUCUUGCUAAUUACCUUUCAAGACAACUGGAUCUUCAGUUAUUUCAGUUGGUUGAUGUGCUGAAGCACAAGGCUCCAGUGCUGAUGUUCAAGGCUUCAACCGAGCGGAUCUAAAGCAAGAAGAUUUUGUUACUGGUGUGCUGUAGCAGGUGAGCUACAUAUCUCACCGCAAACUACAUGAGUUAAAUUCCCCCCAUGAAAUAUUUAAUCGCAUAAGGUCAGUCUUGUUAAGCUUCUUAUAUGUGUUUUUUUCUCUCCUUCCCGACCUGAAUCUCGCAGAUUUAGCAGAGCUUAAAGUCAUAGUAAUUUCUUUUGGAAUGUUAAGAUGAUAAACUGUGAAAGAAGAAAUUACCUUUUAUUUUGAAAUCAGUUGGGAUUUGGAAAGUGUGUUAUGAUUUCGGCCAAGAAUGCUUCGGCGGUUCACGCUUUCAAUUAUACAUUUCAGCGUUAUCUUCUCAUUAUGCACUUUUGUUUCCCUCAGGAACGGAUUUCUAAGCUGACUUGCUCAGAUGCAUUUUUUUGUGGAACUCUCUUUUUUUUUUUUUCGCUGAGUUUAUCUAUACUGACCCAUCGCUACGGUCUAAUUAUACAGACCAUGCAUCUCUAAAAGCCGCUGUAUGUUGAUAUAAUACUUUUGCUGCCUCUGCUGAAAUUCUGAGUUUGUUGUCAAGUACAGAUAAAAAAUGCAUACCACAUUC